GCGGCCCCGCAGACCCCGGCGGCCCGCGCCUGCGCGGUCCCCUCGCGGGCCCCCAGCCCGGCGCUCGCCUGCGCCUGCGCUUUCCUCGCUAGCCCCCAGGCCUCGCGGGACCCCGGGCCUUCCGCGCCCCGACCCCCGCCCGCCCGCGACUCGGCUGCUUGGGACCCAGCUGGUUCUGCGCCUUUGCCCGCCGGUCCUCUCCCUCGCGCCCAGGAGAGGCCCGGGCAGCCGGCCCGUAGCCCCUGGCCCCUUAGACUCUGGUCCCUUCUUCCCUGGUCCCCUGGCCCCGGGCCCGAGGACGCGGCGGGCGGCGGACCCGGGCCUCCUGCGGGCUCCGCUUCCCCCAUCCGCCGUGCUCCCAACCCGCACCCCGCUCCGCGGGCCGGUCAACAGGAGCAGGCGGAGUGUCCCUUUUUCCCAGAGCUGGUUAAUUGAAUCAGGUUGGCUGUGUGAAUAACCCUGUGUUGUGCCGCGGAAAUUUUGCAUUUCCCGCAGUCUGGUCAUUGUAUAGCUUCAGUGGUUACGUUUAAGACAUCAGAGUUCGUUGGAGGGCAGCUCCGCUGGAGAUGACUGGAAAAGAAAUCAGUUUCUGCAUAGUUUCGGCCUGCUUUCACGACCAAGUUUGCUUGUAAAUGCCUCACGAAGACGCAGCCCAGAAUGAAGAAGACAAGCAGGAGUGUUGGCUCAGUGCCUAAAGUGUCUGGGAUCAGCAAAACGCAAGCAGCAGACAAAACGAAACCUGAAAACAGCUCCUCAGCAUCUUCUGGAGGCAAACUCGUGAAACCCGGAACAGCAGCAGCAUUGUCAAAGACCAAGAGCAGUGAUGAUCUCUUAGCUGGGAUGGCUGGAGGGGUCACAGUGACUAAUGGUGUCAGAGGAAAGAAAAGCACCUGCCCUUCCGCAGCACCGUCAGCACCUGCCCCUGCCAUGACCACUGUGGAGAGCAAGUCCAAGACUAGCACAGGCACAAGUUCUUCAACCAGGCGGAGCACUUCUACAGGUAAUAAAGAAUCCAGUUCUACUAGAGAAAGAUUACGCGAGCGUACCCGACUAAACCAGAGCAAAAAACUACCUUCUGCAGGUCAGGGUGCUCAUGAUGUGGCAUUGGCCAAGCGUUCCCGCAGUCGCACAGCCACGGAAUGUGACGUCCGUAUGAGCAAGUCCAAAUCGGACAAUCAGAUCAGUGACAGAGCUGCCCUGGAAGCCAAAGUGAAGGAUCUCCUCACGUUGGCCAAAACCAAGGAUGUGGAGAUUUUCCAUUUGAGGAGUGAGCUCCGGGACAUGCGUGCUCAGCUGGGCAUCAGCGAGGACCACUCCGAGGGAGGUGAGAGGACUGAGGAGAAGGAAGCUGCCAUUGCUCACCAGCCAACCGACGUUGAGUCCACUUUGUUGCAGUUACAGGAGCAGAAUGCCGCUAUCCGUGAGGAGCUCAACCAGCUGAAAAAUGAAAACAGGAUGCUCAAGGACAGGUUGAACGCACUGGGCUUCUCCCUGGAGCAGAGGUUGGACCAUUCUGAAAAGCUGUUUGGCUACCAGUCCUUGAGCCCCGAAAUCACCCCUGGCAACCAGAGUGACGGAGGAGGGACUCUGACUUCCUCGGUGGAGGGCUCUGCCCCGGGGUCAGUGGAGGAUCUCUUGAGCCAGGAUGAAAGCACUCUCAUGGACCACCAGCACAGCAACUCUCUGGACAACCUGGACAGUGAGUGCAGUGAGGUGUACCAGCCCCUCACAUCCAGCGAUGAUGCCCUGGAUGCGCCGUCGUCCUCUGAGUCAGAAGGCAUUCCAAGCAUAGAGCGCUCUCGGAAGGGAAGUAGUGGGAAUGCCAGUGAAGUGUCCGUCGCUUGCUUGACGGAACGGAUCCACCAGAUGGAGGAGAACCAGCACAGCACGAGUGAGGAGCUCCAGGCGACUCUGCAGGAGCUGGCCGAUUUACAGCAGAUCACCCAGGAGCUGAACAGUGAGAAUGAAAGGCUCGGGGAGGAGAAGGUGAUUCUCAUGGAGUCUUUAUGUCAGCAGAGUGACAAGUUGGAACACUUUGGCCGACAGAUUGAGUAUUUCCGCUCCCUUCUAGAUGAGCACCACAUUUCCUAUGUCAUAGAUGAGGAUGUAAAAAGUGGGCGCUAUAUGGAACUGGAACAGCGCUACAUGGAUCUAGCCGAGAACACACGUUUCGAGCGGGAGCAGCUUCUUGGUGUCCAGCAGCACCUAAGCAACACUUUGAAGAUGGCAGAACAAGACAACAAGGAGGCUCAGGAGAUGAUCGGGGCGCUCAAGGAGCGCAACCACCAUAUGGAGCGCAUCGUUGAGUCCGAGCAGAAGGGCAAGGCAGCCCUGGCAGCCACGUUGGAGGAGUUCAAAGCCACGGUUGCCACCGACCAGAUCGAGAUGAACCGCCUGAAGGCUCAGCUGGAGAACGAGAAGCAGAAAGUGGCGGAGCUGUAUUCCAUCCAUAACUCUGGAGAUAAAUCUGACAUUCAGGAUCUCCUGGAGAGUGUCAGGCUGGACAAAGAGAAAGCAGAGACUCUGGCCAGCAGCCUGCAGGAGGACCUGGCUCACACCCGGAAUGAUGCCAAUCGGCUACAGGACACCAUCGCAAAGGUAGAAGAUGAAUACCGAGCCUUCCAGGAGGAAGCUAAGAAGCAGAUAGAAGAUUUGAAUAUGACAUUAGAAAAGUUAAGAUCAGAGCUGGAAGAGAAAGAGACAGAAAGGAGUGACAUGAAAGAAACGAUCUUUGAACUUGAAGAUGAAGUGGAACAGCACCGGGCAGUGAAGCUUCAUGACAACCUCAUCAUCUCUGACUUAGAAAAUACGGUUAAAAAACUCCAGGACCAAAAACAUGACAUGGAAAGAGAAAUCAAGACACUCCACAGGAGACUUCGGGAAGAGUCAGCGGAAUGGCGGCAGUUUCAGGCUGAUCUCCAGACUGCAGUGGUCAUCGCAAAUGACAUUAAAUCUGAAGCCCAAGAGGAGAUUGGUGAUCUGAAGCGCCGGUUACAUGAGGCACAAGAAAAAAAUGAGAAACUAACAAAAGAAUUGGAGGAAAUAAAGUCACGCAAGCAGGAGGAGGAGCGAGGCCGGGUAUAUAACUACAUGAAUGCUGUUGAGAGAGAUUUGGCAGCCUUAAGGCAGGGGAUGGGGCUGAGCAGAAGGUCUUCGACGUCCUCUGAGCCGACCCCUACGGUGAAGACCCUCAUCAAGUCCUUCGACAGUGCAUCUCAAGUACCCAGCCCUGCUGCAGCUGCAAUUCCUCGAACGCCCCUGAGUCCGAGUCCUAUGAAGACACCUCCUGCGGCAGCUGUGUCCCCUAUGCAGAGACAUUCCAUCAGUGGACCAAUCUCUACAUCCAAGCCCUUGACAGCCCUGACAGAUAAGAGACCAAACUACGGAGAGAUCCCUGUUCAAGAGCAUCUACUAAGAACGUCAUCAACCAGCCGACCUGCUUCUCUGCCGAGAGUGCCUGCCAUGGAAAGUGCCAAGACCAUCUCAGUGUCCAGACGGAGCAGCGAAGAGAUGAAGCGAGAUGUCUCUGCACCUGAGGGUGCGUCGCCUGCCUCCCUCAUGGCCAUGGGGGCCACAUCGCCACAGCUAUCCCUGUCCUCCUCUCCCACAGCCUCCGUGACCCCCACUACCCGGAGCCGGAUAAGGGAAGAAAGGAAGGACCCUCUCUCAGCGUUGGCAAGAGAAUAUGGAGGAUCAAAGAGGAAUGCCUUGCUGAAAUGGUGUCAGAAGAAAACUGAAGGCUACCAGAAUAUCGACAUCACCAACUUCAGCAGCAGCUGGAAUGAUGGGCUAGCCUUCUGCGCUCUGCUGCACACAUACCUUCCUGCUCACAUUCCCUACCAGGAGCUGAACAGCCAGGAUAAGAGAAGGAACUUCACCCUGGCCUUCCAGGCAGCUGAGAGCGUCGGCAUCAAAUCCACACUGGACAUUAACGAGAUGGUGCGGACAGAGCGGCCGGACUGGCAGAACGUGAUGCUGUAUGUGACAGCCAUCUACAAGUACUUCGAAACCUGAGCCCAGAGGCCCCGCCAUCGCCUGGGGCCCCAGGGCCAUUGCUCCAGCCUGCGAGCUUUCAGCUACUCUACAGCUGCGCCGCAGCGUGUGCGCCUCACCCCCGAGGGAGGACUCGGCCUGUGUGGCCCUCGCUCAGGCUGGGCUCCUGUCCAGCCAGGGCUCCGCACACACACUGACUUGCUGAAGAGAGCUGUGUCACCGCUGCGGGUGGGAGAAGGGGCCUCAUGCAUGGGCAGCUCACCAGGUCACGGAAGCGUUCGCACUUAGAACAGGUCCCUGCCUCCCACCCAUGUGACAGGGCGUCCUGGCCAGCAAGCAGAGACCCAUGCUCCCCGCCCUCCCGCUCUGCUACUGUGCUCAUGCGGAGACUGGUCAGGGCUGUCCUCUACUCCAGGGCUUGGAAACCCAGUGCCAACCUUAGGCUUCUGGACAAUGGAAUUUUUCAUAAGGAGUUCUUUAGUUAAAAUGUUUUUUCUUAUGAGCAAUAUUAGGGGGAAAUAGCUCCUGUUCUUUUAGCACCAAAGUUAAAUUGUUUUAGCAUAGCGAUAAAACACAAAAUCUGGAUGUGAGGUGAUAAAAGCCAGGAGCGAUGUCAGAAAAAAACAGGAGAUGAAGCUGAACAGGGGAGAGGCCGGGGUCGAUUUCAGCCACAGUCACUUGGCCUUGGCCCUUCCAGGCAGGGUGGAAGAAAGUGCCUUAGCUCGCCCUUUGGGGCAGGGGCUUUGGGACGGAGCCCACCUCUCCCAUGUGCCUGUUGCAGCCACCGGCGCUGGAACCAUGUCCAGACCUGCUGCUUACAGAGCACAAAGUAGCAGGAGGAGGAGCUGCCAUCCCAGAGGCAGAAGCAGGGUGUGAGGAAGGGCUCUGCGCUUGAGCAGGUGCUUCCAGGCCAGCCCAGAGCAGAGCCACCUGGGAAGCACCCGAUUUCAGCUGCAGAAGGAGCAACCCAGCAAGCAGCACGCAGCCUGAGCUCACGGGAGACCCCAGUGAACUGGACACCUGUCCCGGCCCCUCUGCCAUGCCUCAGUCCUUGCAUCUGUGGCUCCGUUGACGGGUACCCUGUGCUGUCAGCUGAGUGGCUGUCAGAGGAGGAGCAUUGCUUUUCAGUGACUCUCCACUCGGCUUUUCUCUCUCAUCUGCCCUUGCGGCCUGGGCGCCUGUCUGGACCCUGUGUGCCUGACCUGCAGUCACGUUCUUGUCUCUUGACAUGGGUGGGGGUCCUCUUUUGUCUAGUGGAGACUCCCCUGGGUCUGCAUCCGCACUGCUGCCCCUUCCAGGUACAGUGAGUCCACCCUGGCAGCCCUUGCUGCAGGGCAGGUGGAUGUUGCCGGCAUUCUCUGGAGGAAGGUGGCCACUGCCAGUGGCGUGGGCCCUGGGGUCGGUGACAGGGCGGAGAGUGGCCUUGUGGAGGGCCUCCUGGGAGCCCAGCCCCUCUCUCUGACAAGAGGCCAUGCAGCUGGGCUGCCCACGAUUUUCACGUGGAUCCACAGUUGAGAGGAUUCCAGAAGCAUGACUUCUCACUUGUAACACUGUCAGCUUUAAGGGGAGAUCUGGAUGGUCACACAUGUACCUGGAAGUGCUGGGGUGCUGUUGGUCCAGUGGCAGGUGCUGAGAAGCCUCCAGGGAGUCGUGCUGCCUCCUCCCGUCAAGCACAAGCUUUAUAGCAAAAGGACUGGUGUUGUUUUCUCCACCAUGGGCUUCUGCAGAUGCUUCUGAUGAUACUUUUUAAUAUUGUUCUAUUAAAUAUUCUUGAAUGUAUUAAAACUGUUGGAACGCA